UUCUUCCCAGCGGAACAUGUUUUCCAAAGACCUUUUGUCUGCUGUCAGGCUCCUGCUUGCUAAUUUGUGGCAUUUCCUCUGCUCCUUGAUGCAAUUAAUUCCAGAUCUAAAGACUUCCCCAUCAAGACCAGCAAAGGAGCAAAUCACCUUCCACAGCCACAGACGCUUGCAAUGUAUCUCACCCUUAAUGCAAACAGUAGAAGAGACUCCUCAGCCCAUCCCAACAAAAAUCAAAGGACAUAUUCCCAAAUGGAUUAAUGGCAAUCUUCUGAGAAAUGGGCCUGGAAAAUUUGAGUUUGGUGAGGAGAAAUUCAACCACUGGUUUGAUGGCAUGGCCCUGCUGCAUCAGUUCCAGUUGGAGAAUGGCACAGUGACAUACAGGAGCAAGUUCCUGCAGAGCAGCUCCUACCUGACGAACAGCCAGAACAACCGCAUUGUGGCCUCAGAAUUUGGGACGCUGGCAAUGCCAGACCCCUGCAAGAGUGUCUUUGGGCGCUUCUUGUCACGCUUUGAGAUACCACAGCCAAGCGACAAUGCCAAUGUGAAUUACGUUACGUAUAAAGGAGACUAUUAUGUCAGCAAUGAGAAUAUUUUCAUGCACAAAGUCGACCCUGAAACGCUUGAAACAAAGGAGAAGGUGGACUGGAGCAAAUUUGUUGCAGUGAAUGGGGCCACUGCUCAUCCACAUUAUGAGUCAGAUGGGACAGCAUACAACAUGGGCAAUUCCUACGGGAAACAUGGGUCGAAGUAUAAUAUCAUUCAGAUCCCUCCACAAAAGUCAAACUGCAGUGACAUGUUACAGGGAGCAAAAGUGCUGUGCUCCAUUGCUCCAAUGGAUAAGAUGAAACCCUCCUACUAUCACAGCUUUGGAAUGAGCAAAAACUACAUCAUCUUUGUUGAGCAACCGAUUAAGCUGAAUCUCCUGCAGAUUAUCACUUCCAAGCUCCGUGGGAAGCCCAUUUCCGAAGGAAUAAGCUGGGAGCCUCAGUACAACACCUUCUUCCAUGUGGUGAAUAAACACACAGGGGAGGUGCUGCCAGGGCAGUGGUAUAGUAAGCCCUUUGCUACCUUCCAUCAAAUCAAUGCCUUUGAAGAUGAUGGCUGUGUGGUCCUUGACCUGUGCUGCCAGGAUAGUGGGACAGCACUGGCUACUUACAAACUUCAGAAUCUGCGGAGGGCUGGGGGAGGCCUAGAUCAGGUUUAUAACUCAAUACCACGAGCUUUCCCUCGCCGCUUUGUUCUCCCGCUGCAUGUGAAUUCAGAUACACCUGUAGGAAAAAAUUUGAACCCUCUGUCUUACACAUCAGCAAGAGCUGUGAAAGAUGCAGAUGGUAAGGUCAGGUGCAUACAUGAAAAUCUCCACCCAGAGGGCUUUGAAAAUGUUGGGGGCUUGGAGUUCCCCCAGAUUAACUACACACAGUACAAUGGCAGGAAAUAUCGUUUCUUCUAUGGAUGCGGCUUUCGGAAUUUGGUUGGAGAUUCCUUACUGAAAGUUGAUGUUGAGACCAAGACAUUCAAGAUUUGGCAAGAGGAUGGAUCCUACCCAUCAGAGCCUGUGUUUGUGCCAGUGCCUAAUGCCAUGGCAGAAGACAGCGGGAUCAUCUUGUCCGUUGUGGUCUCCCCGACUGAGAACCGAAGCACCUUCCUGCUCAUUUUGGAUGCAGAGACCUUUAGAGAACUGGGGCGAGCAGAAGUCCCAGUGCAAAUGCCUUAUGGGUUCCACGGCAUCUUUGCUUCACGCUGACAGAAAACUCUGCCUCCUGUAAUGCAGGACCAAGUUAGGCUCAGAAAUAAACCUCUCCUUUCUUCUACUUCCCACCUUUGCAUUAUGCCCUGGAUGAAAGAAUUGCUUCUCUGCCAUAGCCUGAGUUU